AAUUUUUAAACAGGAAGUCUUAUUUUGACCCACUUUUCAGGAAAUGAAAAUAAGAUAAUUUACAACAUUUUAAGAACAAAAUGUCGGAGUUAAUGCAACUCAUAGAGCAGGAAAUUCCUGAAGGUCGUCAAAACCUUCAAGAGAAUUUCAAUAACUUGGAGAAAGUUGCUCAAUAUUGCCAAGAAAACUACAUUCAGGCAAAGGAUAAGAAAAAAGCUCUGGAGGAAACUAAAAACUUUACCACUCAUUCAUUAGCUAGUGUAGCAUACCAGAUCAACAACUUAGCUACAAACUUUCUCAAAUUGUUAGAUCUACAACAAAAUCAGCUUGCUGAGAUGGAGUCCAAUGUAAACCAUUUAGCACAGACUGUGAACAUACAUAAAGAGAAGGUUGCUAGAAGAGAAAUUGGAGUACUUACCACAAACAGAACUACUACACGGCCUCUGGGUGUGAAAAAUGGUAUAAUAUUCCCCGAACAUGGAGAAAGACCGACUAAAUACCAGAGAAAAAAUAUUGACUACACACUUUUAGAUGACAUAGGACAUGGUGUGAAGUCACCAGAAAAUCCAGAAAUUUAUAUAAGGACUGGUCCAUCAGUUCAGUCAGGUCCAUCUCAGAGCCGAAGUUCUUCCAUUAGUAGCGGAUCCUCCCAGGCGCCCACCCAGCAGCCCCCCACACCUCCACAACUCCGUGGUAGUCAACAUGGCAGUAUUGGUAGAGCUAGUGGUCAACAAAUUGCUGGAAAUUACAGCUCCAUUAUUUGCAGAACUCCUGCACCUAUGGUAGCUCCACCUACCGUACCAGGAGGGUAUGCAUCGAGGGAACAGUUACAACGAGGGUCGCCAUACAUGCCGAGUGUUGUGAUGGGCCAAGCAAAAAUGCCAUCAGGUAUGAUGCAGAACCAGUCAGGCUUGCCUAGUCACCCUCCUCCGCUAGGCGUGGCUAGACCAAUGUCUCAGUCUCAGGGCGGAGCUAUGCCACCACCUCCGCCUCCCCCAGGGAUGCCACCAGGAGAUAGGACCUCCCAACUUAAUAGACAGACUUCUGUUGAGAAUCUACCACCGCCACCGCCAGACGAUGAAAACCCUCUCCGAGAGAGCCAACAAAUGAGCUUUGAUGAAGGUUCAAACUUGCCACUUCCACCCCCACAGUUUGAUGAUGACCAGGAUGUAAUGCCGAUGGCACAUGAGGAGGACCCCUAUGCAGCUACAGGACCGGACAUGUUCACAACUGUUGUUCCUGAGGCUUAUGUUGAGAAAGUGAUCGCAAUUUAUGAUUAUGCAGCGGACAAGGAAGAUGAACUAACAUUCACAGAAAACUCUGUUAUAUAUGUGCUAAAGAAAAACGAUGAUGGCUGGUACGAGGGUGUGCUGAACGGACAGACAGGAUUGUUUCCUGGAAAUUAUGUUGAACCAUGUAUAUAAUUCCAACGUGACGGUGUGGUCCAGCUGUUAGUGUUAUAGAUCUUUACUUAAAUAACGAAUCUGUUAAUUGGCAACAAAA